AUGAAGCGCAUGCGAAGGGAUGGGCAAGUUCCAAACUCGACUUCUACGCACUGGGAAAAUACAUCACCGCCAAUUUUCGAUCUGCCUCAUGACGUCCUACGUACCAUUUUCUCCUUAAAUGCUCAGCAUUUCGUUGAUCUCGAGCAGAGUGAAAAUGGUUUUUCUGUUAUGGAAUCCCCAAACUCGGAUGAUCCCCUCUUGACUACUCGUCGGGCAUCUCAGGUCUGCCGCCAAUGGCGAGAUCUCAUUCUCUCCUCUCCGACGUUGUGGGAGAAGGCAUUGGAUUUGAAUUCACUCGCCGCGGGAAAACCAGAGUGGACGACGGAGGUUCUCAAACGGACAGGAAAUGCACCGUUAACUGUCGUAGGCCAAAUGAUCAAUCGUCAAAAGUUCCCGGUGUCCUUCCUGGAAACCAUAGUACUUUGCCAUUGGUGUCGAAUCAAGGCUCUAAUUAUCAUCAGAUUCCACAGUUUUCGUACAAACGGCAAUGCUCAUUUUGACAAAGUUAUCCGCAAUCUACUUACUCGGCCAGCCCCUAACCUCCAAAAUUGCAUUAUCAUUGACACAAACGAUAAUUACGCACGCGUUGUUGGAGACCAAACUGACCCUUUGUUUGGCGGUCAAGCACCAAAGCUUCAAUCGAUGACUCUACUAAACGACUCAUGCUUUGAUGGGUCAAAAUUAUCCAACCUUCGACGAUUUUAUUUGCUUUGGACUCAGCUUUACCCCGUCGAUGUAAUUCUGACAGCGCUGGCUGGCAUGCCAUUACUCGAAGAACUGGAGCUGGAAAUGGACCCUGACGAAGGCCUAACAAAACAACGAACUGUACGUUCUUCAGUUAUAGAGCUGCGAUAUCUGCGAAAGAUCGCUCUUUACAACUCAUUCAAAUGGCUCGGCCACCUCGUUCAGUGGGUUGUGCCGAAACACGGAUGCACCCUCUUUCAUUACGUGACAGAUAGCUGUGAUAUCGACACGGAUUUGACUACGGUAGAAGUAAUAGAAUUUGGACGUGAAGCAUACACGACCUUUCUGGGGAGAUAUCUUGACGCAACGGAGCUAACCGAGUUAUCCUACACCAUGGAAUGCGGCAAUGAGGAUGAAAGCCCUUGUUUGGAGAUAAAGGCCCGACGCAAAAAGAUGAUUCAUCCUGAAUUGCGGGUAAACGAAGACGGUGAUGAAUAUCCUCUAUUCUUCACAUACGUGAAAAAAACGUUCCCCACCAUACACUAUCUUGGACCUAUAUUAUCCUUUUUUAGGAAGGCGUUGUCAUCUUGCGACCUCUCAAACAUCAAGACCUUGACUUUUUCGAUGUCACUGGAAAAUGCCAUAGACCGCAGUCAUGGUUAUAAAGAACUUAUCGCUCGUGAAGACAAUGCCAUAAUUGAAUUCUUCAAUAUGCUGACUGGAGUCACUGAGCUCGUUGUAUAUGGCUGCCCAAAAUAG